UUCUUCGUACACGCACAAUUUUUUCUCCAGCGCGCUCUCGCUUUCUCUCUCCAGUUUUAUGCGCAUUCUUCGAUCCCUGUGGAUCGCAGUAUUAACGUUGCUGUUGAUGCUGUUGUUGCCGUUGAAGAGAGGUCGAGCGCCUUGGUAACUGUAAACACGCCAAGAAAGAAGAAAGAAGAAAGCAAACCAAAGAAGUGGGUCAUGUUAUAAAAAGGCAAAUGAAUCACAAAAUGGGACUAAACAUGUUUCUUUUGGGGCUCGUGUUAAGUAAUCUGGUGAUAUGUACCUGGGCAUAUCCGCAACAGUACCAGCAACAUACGGUGGAGCAGAGAAAGUUUGCGGAAAAACCGAACGCCAUUAAGAAAGUGGCUCUCGACGAUAUCGAUGAGAUACAGACCAAUCAGAUACAAGAAGGUGGCUUUUCGUGGUCCAACAUGCUUGGACUGCUGAUGCAAAUGAUUUUCAACGGGGGAGGUGGUGGCGGCGGAAACGUACCGACCAAAUCUGACGACAUUGAUAACGGUGUGUCAUCGUUCGGCCAGUCACCGUGGGCGAAUGUGAUUUCAGUUGGAUUGAAGAUUAUCACUACCCUGCUUGGUGGUGGCGGUGCUGGCGAUGGCAUUGAUAAAGUGGACAAUGGUGGAUCUCCGAUGCAGAACGUUCUAGCUGCAGUAUUCACAGCCAUGUUUGGCGCCAAAGAUCCGGACCAAGUAAAUACGAUGGCAAAACAGGCUGGAGAGUUUAUUAACAUCGUCGUAAAUCUGCUGGAUGCUCUGAAGACAUCAUUUUCACAUCGCUCGUUAACCGCACGAAAUCUAGGAAAGAAGGACGUGAUCAGCGAUGCCACCGUGGCCAGUUUGAGCAUGAUGAAGGGCUACGUACGCAGCACACGCAAUGCCGACGAUCGUUGCAUGCAAAAGUUUCUUUGUGAAGCAAAUAUUGACUGCAUGGGGGCGAUUGGCGGCUCAAGCAUAUUUUGUCAACUAGGCUCUUAUGCUACAAGCUACAUUCUAGAGCGACAGACAGGUAAAUCGUUCGAAAGCUUUUAUGAGGCUGGAAGGAAUGGACGCUCUGGUUUCGAUUGCCGACAGCUGUACCUGGAGUGCAACGAAGUAUAA